AUGGGCCACCUCUUUGCCCCCUGUCCUCUUUCUGCCUGCCUGGCACUUCUCUGCCCAUCCGUCCACUUUCUGCCCGCCUGGCACUUUUCUGCCCGCCCGUCCUCUUUCUGCCCACCCGUCCUCUUUCUGCCCAUCCGUCCACUUUCUGCCCGCCUGGCACUUUUCUGCCCGCCCGUCCUCUUUCUGCCCACCCGUCCUCUUUCUGCCCGCCUGGCACUUUUCUGCCUGCCUGGCACUUCUCUGCCCGCCCGUCCUCUUUCUGCCCACCCGUUCUCUUUCUGCCCACCCGUUCUCUUUCUGCCCGCCUGGCACUUUUCUGCCUGCCUGCCUGACCCUCCGUCUUGCACAGCUACUAUGCCUGAGGCCCAGCGAAAAAGACCGGGCCGUUCUUUCGCGGCAAGUCGAUAUGUGGACGAGCAGCGUAAGCGGAAGCAGAAGUUCGCUGAUCUCAACAUCGCCCAAUGUGCUUUCGCUGGGCUCUACAUACCCACAGCGACAUUGGCUAUUCUCAACAGCGACCUUGUGGUUGAACGAUUCAAGGCACACACAAAAGGGGGGCUUGAGGAGAUUUCUCGUGACGAUCUGGAUCGAUAUUGCAGUCAACUCGAUAAACCAUCACAAAUCACCACGCGAUUUGGUACGUCGUCUAAAGCAUUGCUGUAUCGUAUGUUGACUGAUGCGCCAUCAGAUAUUCUUGCCUAUCUUAUCAGCAAAGACGUCAAUGACGAGAUGAAAGAAAAUGUGGAGAGGUCUCUCGAGGCGAUAAAGGCGGACGUGCUCAAAAUUGCCAAGGAAGUUGGCGCGCUCGAAGUUGUGACGCAGCAUCAACCCCAGGCUGGAGACAGGGUAGUUAAGCCAACCAAAAGGAAGCUCAGCACGGGCAUCAAAGCGAACCACGCACAGCCUUUGGAAGACACGGUUGAACGCAGUCAUCGGCAAUCUGAAAACGAAAAUGGACUGGCUCGCAAAGCGAAGAGGAAGCACGGCCAACAAGUCGACCUGAGCCCUCCUGACGAGGAGCAUCGGCCAUCCAGCAGGUCUAGGAACAACGAAGACAUCGCAUUGAGUGUCAUGCAGGCCCGUCCUGGGGAUACAGACACGGUAACAAGGUUCUCUCAUGAAAGGCAACCUGGGGAUACAGACACGGCAGCAAGAUCCUCUCAUGAAAGGCAAACUGCAGUGCCAAGCGAAAUCUCCGGCGAUCCAGCAUCGAAUCCUAUCAUUGACACACCUGCGUUUCCGGUACCUCCUGGUAAUUAUGGCAUGAUACAUGAAAGGGCCGAGGUUAACUUCCCAGGAACAGCCACCUUCGCACCCAACCUUUUCUGGUCCAACGACCCAAGUUUCCAGGACACCUAUCUGCAGCCGAGCCUCUUGUGGGACCAAGACUAA